AAAAUGUAAAUGUAAAAUCCUCACACUCCGUACAGUAGGUGGUGGUGUAUGCACCUUUCAGUUAGUUGCGAUCCACCAAUACAAAUUUAAAGAAUAAGAAAAUCUGUGACCUGGUUUUGUGACGCUCGUCAUUUGGUGUGACGCAGACAGGGUGGUGUGAGUGGUGAAACAGAAGAGUCAUUGUCUGUCCUUUUGAGUUUUGAUGUUGAGUCUUUGCCCGACAAAGUGAUGUUAGGAUAUAUAAGUUAUCGUACAAGCUUUUGUGCCGAAUACAUUACGUUGUUACAGGUGUUAAGCUUAUGGGCAUGUGGCAGCAGUUUGUAGGAGGGAGGUUCCUAGGUGUGAGAAGUGUGCAAAGGGCAUGAAACAAAAGAAUGUGUAGCAUUGAAGAAAGUAGUGGUAUAUGUUAAUUGUAGGGGUGCCCAUGGGGCUGGGGAUCAGAAAUGUCCGGUGCGAGAGAGGCAGGUUGAGGUUUCCAGGGUUAGAGUAGUGCAAAAGUUGUCGUAUGCUGAGCCAGUGAAGAAAGUAGAGGAAAAUGGGUCAAGGGGAGGGAUCCUGAGAGGAGUGUUGUGAGUAGUAGAGCUGUACCAGUACAGAGGGAUAGGCAAAAAAUGUUAUAUGUUUCAGUAAGAUUGGAUUUUUUUCAUCGAUAGCAAUGGUUAUCAACUGUACUGCAGGGAUGGAACGUAAGUCACAGAAAAAUGGUGGUGGCAGCUGCAGAGAGGUAUUUAUUUGGGUGUGCGAAACUUGAUGUCAGAAGAGUUACAGGGUGUGUUGAGUGGUAGUGUCCCAUCCUUUCAGGCUGUUGGCCUGAGGUAGGACUAAAUAUAUUUAAAUAGUGGAGUGGGUUUUUAGUAAGUGUAGAGUAUUUGUUUAUUUUAUUAAUUAAAAAAAAAAAUCAACAAAGUUUAAGGGAGUUUACUCCAGUCUAGUAGGUGGUGGUAAUGCACCUUUUUUGGAUGCCAACCGAUUAUAAACCUCAUCGAAGAAUGUCCGUGACCUGGAAGUGCUUUCUUAUUCCUGCCUGCUUCACAGCAGGCGUCAUACUUGGAGGCUGCUGCGUGUUUUUUUUUUCUAUCAAAACGUGAACCUUAGUUCAAUUAGUAAACCUGUUUUCAUACGAGGAUUAUUUCGUUUACAAUGUACAUUUUAUCAUCAUUACUUUAAAAAGUUGUAAGCCAAAGGUUGGACACGUUUUUUUUUUUCCUGGCGACUGUGGUGCACUGUGCUAACUAUCGCGUUAGCUGGCUAGCCCAUUCCCCAUACAAACUUGUCUGUUGUUUUGGACACCUAGACGGCGGAUAAGGGUCAACAAAGAGAGUUUGUUCCAGUCAUUGGCAGCAGAGAACUGGAAGGAGAGACGGCCAAAGGAGGAAUUGGCUUUGGGGGUGACCGGAGAGAUAUACCUGCUGGAGCGCGUGCUACAGGAUGUCCAAAAUUGAGCGUCUGAACGCCCGUGUGGCGAAGCUGCUGACGGUGGCAGUGCAUGAGGUUCUGGAGGUGGUGAAAGAGACUGUGUCUGAGUACCAGGAGAAAACAGCCAGAACUCAGAGAGAGAAUGAGAGUCUGAGGAGAAGACUGCAGGAAAUGCAGGACAAGAUGAAGAGAGAGAACACAGCUGCUAAACUUGCAACAUUUCCUGCGACUGGUGGCCGUGGAAGAGCGGCCAUCGAGAAACCGUCAGAGCAGGGUUGGAGCCCUAUUCUGAGGCAGGACAGCCCAGAGCCCACACAGGUAGAUGAGAAACCAGCGCUCACCUUCGAACAGACUGUGAGACUAAGGCAGGAGGAGGAGGAGUACAAUGCACUGGAGCUGGAUCAAACAGCACACUAUGAGACAGAGUGUAACUUUACCUUAACCUUACCCGGGCAUCACGAGGGGGUGGCACAGCAAUCAGAUGAAGCUGUUUCAGUCCACGUUCCUCAGGGUGUGAAAAAUGACUCGCACUCAGACUUGAAUAGCACUUCACAGGGAAACGCCCAGCUUGGCAUCAAUCUGACUGUUAUCAAGACGGAACCCGAGCCCACCGAGUGCUCAGCACCCGAACCGUUGACUAUCCCGGAGACCUUUGAUUGUGUCGAUUUAAGCUGCAAUUCCACACGCUACGACCCAACAACGAAUGCUCACAAGUCUCAUGUGAGCACUGGACCAUAUAACGAACUCGUAUUCGUCCACUCGAAUCACAACAGCGUCGGGAGGAGGUUUGGGUUUGGGAAAAACAGCAGGGACGGGAGGAAACACCAUAGGCAACACUUCAGGAGGGAUGAGCCGCACAGCUGCUUUGUGUGCGGCAAGACGUUCAGCCGGGUGGGGAACCUGCGUAUCCACCAGCGCUGUCACACGGGCGAAAAACCCUACUGCUGCCUUCAGUGCGGCCGGUGUUUCAGUCAGGCCGGGGACCUCAAAAAGCACAAAAGGGUCCACACAGGAGAGAAGCCAUACUAUUGCGGCCAGUGCGGCAAGAGCUUCAGCCGUGGGGAGAACCUAAAGAGGCAUCAGAAGAUUCACAUCGGAGAGACCUUACAUCUGCAGCAGGCGUGGAGAGAUCAACAGUCGAACUAGGUGUUCAAAGCAAUCUUUUCAGAAAAAACUAUAUAAAUGCACAUACAGUGCAUAUGAAUGACUAUAUGAAUGCACAUGCUGUGCGUGGUACUGAAAUUAACAUAGGAUCUGCAGUGCUGAAAAAGUAAAGUGAUUGGGUCAUACUCGUGGGUGGAUUGGCUGGUUUAUUCAGGUUAUCGAUUUAGGCAAUGGGUAACAUGUAUUUUGACCAUUAGUGGAUGGCAUACCUUUUGAUCCACUGGAGUGUUCAUUAUUCAAUAGGCAAACCUCUUAUCACUAGCUUUUGAAUAAGAAAGUGUGGUGUGAGCAACAAAAUGUUUUGUACACUGAAACAUUUAUCUCCUCUGUACACAUACAAGAAAGGCUUGGAUGUUGUGUGACAAAUAUCUAGCAUUACAACAUUGUGUUCAUGAUGAUUAAAGAGAGAAGUGAGAAAACUGA